AUGAAGCGACCAUAUGAAGAAGUUGACUCCAUAGAAGAAGAAAACCACAGUGCAAUAGAUAACGCAUCGAACCUUCAAGUUGAAGAUGUCUUAGAUGAUUACGAAUCAGAUAAUGAAGACGAUGACUUGGAAUUUGACGAGGAAGUUAAUUGGGAAGAUGUUCCAUUGGUGAGCAAAUUUGAUGAGCAAUCUGGAGUGUCAAAGAGUCAGAUCUUAAACAUAAGUAUUUCAACUGAUAAAUUCAUUGGUUCCAGGCCUAAACGAGCUAAAAAGCAAGUGACUAAACUCAAGAAAUUAAAGUAUGGUUUAAACAUCAUAGAAAUACCUUUUUUUCUGAGAACAUUGAAAGAACGUUCUAAACUUUGCUUGGAUGAAAGACUAAAUCGAAGACUUAAGAGAUCGAUCCCAAAAAUAAUAGGAAAGAAGUUUGACUGUUUAGCAAAGCAAGAUUCAAAUGCUCAAAAUGAUAGAUUACGAACUUUAUUGUUGGGAGCUGUUUUGUGGUUUAGAUCAAAUUAUAAGAUUAACAGCAAUGGGUUUAGACAAAACCAUUAUAGACUGGAUUAUCUAAUUAGAAAUUCUGGCUGUUCUGUAAAUAAAAAAUUUAAUCAUGUGUUGGACAAUGAACAAUUAUACUAUGGUAGCAGACCUUUAAUCGACAAUCUAUCUGAGAAUAUAAGGGAAAUGGCAAAAAAUAAAAUGUGUAAUCGAGACUACUUAGUGUUCUUUUUUGUGAUCAUUUUAAAGAACUUAUUAAAAGACAAAUAUUCAUACUCAUUAAGAAUAUGCUUUGCGCUGCCAACACAUGAUUUUGAUACAAAUUAUAGCAAUGCUGUGUCCAUGAUUGAUAACGAUCUUAGCAUAGUUCCAAAUCGUUUUGAUUCUGAUUUAUUGAAACCUGUAUUUUGGAUAGAACUACUGUUUCAACAUAGACAUAUAUAUGUGAUCGACCCUAUUGUUUCAAUAGAAGAAAGUAGUAUGAUCUCACGAUAUAAUAUAGAUGAACCCAUUGGAAUAUUUUCUUGUGACAAACAUUUCUUAAAUAAGGACCAAUGUUUUAAUUAUGUGGUAGGUAUAGAUAUAGAAACCCAAAUUAUAAGUGAUAUAUCACCCCGUUACCUACCCAAUCUUUGUUAUAGAUACUUUAAUGUAAGUGAUUUUAACCCCAUAUUCAAGACUUUAUCAUUUCGCAGUUAUCAAUAUUUUAAAAAGACCAUCAAGAAAUUAAAUCUGGAGCAUUCUAAAUUUAGUUUUAACAAUGAUUUGUUAAUGAGGCAUUUAACUAGACAAAAUUAUGAACUACCAUCAACAUAUAAAGGAUUUUACAAAUCCAAAAAUUUUAUUUUACCUAGUCAGUUGAAAACUUUACAAUUUCUAAAAAUGGGUUCCAAUCCAAUAGGUUCAUUUACCUAUACUUUGAAUUCACAGACGAUAUCUGAAUUGAUAUAUUGGAGAUCUGAUGUAACAAUUCUAAAGAGUAGACAAAAUUGGAGUAUAUUAGGGUAUUCGAUCAAACGAAAUGAAGAGCCAAGAAAACUUAAAAAGUUCACAUUACUCAAGAGCAAAAGAGAGAGCAAAUACCACCAAUAUUCCAUAAGUGAAUUAUAUUCAAUCGACCAAGUAUCUAAAACUCCCAAGCUACCCAUACAUUAUACCUAUAUCAAUGGCAUAAAGGGAGUCAAUCCUGAUCCACUAUGCUAUAAAGGACAAUAUAACAAUGUUGAAAUUUUUGAUCUUGAUAUCGUUCCAGAUGGAUUUAAGUUACUAAAUUUAUAUAUGAGGGAAUCCAAUAUCAACGUACGAAAUCUAAUUAAAAAAUAUAAUAAAGAAACUGUCAGAUCUGAUAAUUUAAAGUAUAUAGAUGUUGUGACAGGUUUUGAUUUUAAGAAGAAACCGGGUUUCGCAAUGCCAAAAGUGACACACAUUAUGUUAAAUUGUCAUGACUUUAAUAUUUUACAAAAAUUAAUAAACGAACAAAUAGAGGCCUCAAGACUCAUGUUAUGGUCUGAGUUAAUAUCCAGGAUAAAAAUAAACGAUAGAAUCGACAAAGGCUCUUCCUAA